GACUAGUGCCUCCGCCAGAAGAAGCGCUGGCCGUCCGGAGGAUCAACCGGCUGUUAGCAGGACCCACCGGUAGGCAUCUUCGCGACAAGCCGCUGACCCUGCUUCCUGAACUGACUGGAUGUAUGCGGUGGCUGCCACAGGCACUGCGAAUUAUAGACAACUUCAUAGCUAUUCUCUCCUCAAUUUUACUCAAGUCUUGGUAGUUGGUAUGUUACCCUGCUCUGGCAAACAGCGGUGUUACCUACAGUUGCAACCUCUGGGGGAGUGUAGAAGAAAGUUGUGGUGGUAACAGGGUCCUGAUGGAGGCACGUUGUCUCCAAUUACAGUCGGAAAUUUUAGUUUCAGAGUGCGACAACGGCGAAAACAAAAAAUGUAACAAUAAAUACUAAUACUGGUAAAACAAAACUCUAAAUAAAGCAAAACAGAAUUCAUCUUUUCGUUUGGAAAACGGCACUAUCAAGCUUAAAACCUUUGUAGGAUUUCAGAACUUAGGCAUUUUCCGAUUGACCAAACAAUGUUAAAACAAUUAUCUGUUUCCUAAAGUCACCGCAAGACGCAGUUGGCUGUAUCGCCACAAAAAAAACCACAGUAUACAAUAUAUUUAAGAAAUGGGGCUCGUUUGAUACGAACGCGUGUGUUUUUGUUUCACAUUGAAAAAAUACGAGGCACACUUGAAAGUAGCAGCCCUGGGAGAUUGAGCACGCGUCUACACGUGCUACACAUCACACACGGAGCUGGGGAAAGUCUCGAAGUUCGCUAGAUUGCCUAUUUUUUAAGCUUUGUUUAAACUCCUGUUGGUAGAUCUGGAUUUUUUUUCUCUUGUUUGUUUUUAUUUUGAUUCAAUUUCAAGCACAAAUAUUUUCUCUUAGGAUUGUUGUACGUUUUAUCUUCAUGAUACUCACACUGCUGAAUCACACGUUUCCAUUUAGUUUGCCUACCAGUUAGGCACAGCGACAGCUGAUUGUCACCAUGCAGAAAUAAGUUUCCACUCUUCAUUGCCACUGUGUGACAUCCCCGCUGUACUUCCAUUGUGCUUAUGACCCAUUAGAAGUUUGGAGGACUCACUGUGACUGAAACUUUGGGCUUUAUGCUGAUAAUAUUAAGUAUAUUUUCCAACUUCGAAUGGUAAACAUUUUACAGCAUCGCAGCCCAGGCAAAGUGAGCUGAAAAUAUAGAAUUAGUAGCAUGAUAGUAGUCCCAAGGAGGUAGCUAUGAAAGGAAGUCUAUCAGUAUGUAAACACGUCUCAAAUGUAUGUUGGCCACUUACAGAAAAUGUAAUCAAAUUAUAUGGAAUUGGAGUGCUUCUUUUAAAGUGGCCAAAGUACUUGAAAUAAGAUACAUCCGUACGGUGGGCACUUUACUUCAUUUGGAGUUAUAUUUUUUUCUCUCUGCCUACAAACCAUACAAUCACCAAACUCAGUCAGCACCAACAUUCAACCAUUUGUUUAUUUCGUUAGAGAGGGAGAGGGGCUUUGAGACGCCCUUUCCUGUUAGUUUUAGUUAUCUUUGCCCCCCAAAUAUAAUGCCCCAUACACCCGCACAUAUCUGUGUUUAUUCCCCUCCUCGUAAAAAGCCUCAAGGAAAGAGGGCACUGCCGUUUAAAAGAAUUCCACAGCCGUUUGGGCGUGCCAGUGAAAAUCAUAUCGGAGUGAGGUUAGUUUUAAACAUGACGUAUUUUCACCUGCGCCUGGGUCUGCCUCCAUGAAGACUAUCACUGCAAACUGGAGUCAUGUAGCUAUAGGGACUGCGGUCCACCGCCUGCGUAUGAGUAAAAUUGCUGUCAAAACCUAUAUCUUGUGCUUUAUCUUUUCGCCUUUUAAAAAGUGACUUCUUAAUUCGGCAAAAUGCCAAGUGAGUUCAAACGUGCACUCCUCAGUGCACAGCAUCUAUUUUAGCCCCGUCCUAUUCAAUCGACGCUCCUCUGAGGCCAAACCAACCGUUCUUCAUUCCUGAAAUCACGUCAUCACAGUUGCACGAUGUGGCGCAAUCCUUCACUCUGACAAAACCACAACUGAAUACCAGCUCCAAAGAUAGCUACAUUUCGCACGUUGGGCCCUUUGUUAAUGCUCGCAUCCUAGAGAGGUAGACUUGGUGAUAACUCCAAAAUGGAGCUGUGGCACCAUGUUCCUCUAACGUCGCAAGAAAAGGUCUGAGGAAGAUUAAACAGGUACGGAGGUUUAACUUUAUGUUUUAAUCAUCUACUACAUUGAUAAAUCUUUAUGCGGAUGCCAAAGACACGAUUACCGUUUAUUUAGCGUGUGCUUUGGUCUGCCAAAAUAUGUGCUUAAAUUCGUGUGUCGUUCUUGGGUCCUAGAAUUUAUAAUCUAGCUUUAUUCUAACAUAAUGUGUAAUGUUAUAACGUGAAUCUUGUAGUCUACCAUGCGAACAAUAACUUAAAACCCUUAUUAAACAUUCAAGCUCCAAGAUUGUGGUUACCUGAAAGUAUUUGAAAGCAUGUCAAAAUUAGGUUUUUCCCCUACAAUGAAAGACUGUUUUGAAGGGCUAUUAAUUAUAGUGAGUGAUCAUAUAUCAAACCUUGCAGUACUUCAGAGGCUUUAAACAUAUCUGAAAUUUGACAGUUUAUCCACUAGAUUUCAUCUUGACAUUUCUUAUCAAGAUUAUCACUCUGCUAGAAACAGGAAGAGACAACAGCUUUCACAAAGUCUGGAGGCUUUUGCGUCAGUAGAUUUUGAUUUGUGCCCUUUUAUUGAUUUAUUUACUCUUUUUUAUAUAUAAAAAGGUUGUUUUGAGGUAGAGUACUGAGAUAUUCUUGUAUCUGAUGCACAUAAUCUGUUGAUGCUUGUGAGAUUAAAAGUCUAAAUAGAUGUCUGGAGAAAGACUUCAGAUGCAUCACACAUUUACAGAACUAGUUUGGUGGAGAGUAACACCUCUGACUAUUCUUCGGAGAACCUGUUAUGCCAGUGCUGGGUGGGUAAGAGCUGAAAGAAAGAGGAAAGGCUUUUACACAGGCAUGACAGCUUAAAAUAGAUACCGGGUGUGUUUAAACUUGCAAAUUAAGGGAUUGUUUUCUGUUUGGAACUUGAAUUUACUCUUCUUUUCUUCACAUUUAAUUUGCUUAAGAUUUUUGUUUAUCUUCCAGAUCAGCCUUCUUUGAUGAGUUGUUGUCACCAAUGUGUGAUCUAAGAGGGAGAAUAACCAUAGAGAGUGGAUCAUCUUAACACCCUAAGCCUUCACUUUGUGAUCUACAGCCAAAUCAUGAGGGACCGACUGAGCCACCUCCAGGAAAUGUCUAACGGCCAUGUGGCGCAAAUGGAGUUUGCAGAGACCACCGUCUCUGACUCCUUCAGCAACGUGGACUUGGAAGAAGAGCUGCCACAUGAAGCAGUCGUGUUUGACAACAGCCCUGCUCUGGAUGAAGUCUUUUCCCAGUCGCAGGAAGUCCAAAGGGAGAUCCAGCUCAUCCGUCUUGAUGUCAAAAGGCUUCGUGAGCAGAACUCGCGAAUAACUCAGGGCGUCACCACCAUGAGCACAAUCAAAAGGGAUUCCAAUGCUAUCGGUGCUGACAUAAAAUCUCGGGCAGAGGGGGUGCUGAAUCAUCUGCAAGAAAUUGAAGGUACAGCCCACAAGCUGGAAGAAGCCCAUGGGCCACAUUCUGCCAUCACACGAAUCGCCAGAACCCAGUAUGCCGGCCUCAGCAAUGGUUUGCGGGAUGCCAUGUUUGACUAUAAUGAGGCUGAGAUGAGCCAUCGAGAGAACUGUAAAGCUCAGAUCCAGAGGCAGAUGGAGAUAGUGGGGCGAGAGGUCACUGGAGAGCAGGUGGAGGAGAUGAUUGAGCAAGGCCAGUGGAACAUCUUCAAUGACAACAUCAUGUCUGAGGGAAAAACGGCACGAUCAGCUCUGUCCCAGAUUGAGAAACGGCACCAGGAGCUGUUGGACUUGGAAAACCGCAUCCAAGGCAUCCAUGAGAUUUUCCUUGAUGUUGCAAUGCUGGUGGAGGAGCAGGGCCCCAUGAUUACCUCCAUCCAAACCAACGUACAGAAAACAGAUGAAGGCAUACAGGAUGCCCUUGUCAAGCUCCGCAAGGCCAAACGCCAUGACAAUAACAACCCCUUUAAGAAGAUGUUUUGCAGCUGUUUCCCAUGCUACAACUCAUGACUAAAAAGAACAGUUGUGAGAGGAGGUGGAGCAAAAUAUGCAGAGUUUUCUAAAGAGAAAAGAGAAAUCUUAAGAAAAGAAAUCACUAAUGCUUUUUAUGUAAAACAUUCAACAUUUUCCCACCGACUAUUGCAUAAAAGUCUGGACAGAUAUAUCUUAACGUGGUUAACUUACCCAAAGAGAGAGAAAAUGGUCUCAGAAAAUAUUAUCUAUGGUUUGAUGGUAUGCAGAGCAUCUGCAUGAGGGAAGUUUUCAAAAUAACCCAACACUAAGACUGUCAGACAUUUUCUCAGAAAAAAAUAAAACAUAAAAAAAUAUUCCUGUGCAGGGGCUGUUUAUCAAAAUGAUUCUUCAUGCAGUGAAUUGCUUGAAUAGUUAACCUUGUAAGAAUUCAUAGGGCAUUCAGGUCAAUCCAAACGAGGCUUAACCAGACAUCUGAUUUUCUUGAUGUACAGCUAUGAGUGAAUGUCCCAGACACGUUACAUGGUGACAUUCUUAAUUCAGUUGUGAAUAUGUUCUGCUCCAUAAUGUAUUUAAAUUUGGAAUUUCUUUGUGUAAAUGUGUAACUGUAAUUAUAACUGUACCAUUAUGUGUUGAGGGUGUUGUAUGAUACUCAGACCCUCUCUUCCAUAAUUUCUCCCACUUUCUCUGCAGGGACAGUAGUCCUACUGGGUUUUAUUUAGGUGCAUGUCCUGACUUUUUUUUACUGGUAUUAACAAACUGGAGCACUGAUAUAGACUGGGGUGACACACAUUAUUGUGUUUUCCCCCGGGGAUGAAUAAAGUUCUUCUUCCUCUACUAGCAUUUACCCAUUCUGUUCGUACCACCUACUUAUCUAACUACUGUGGGACUCAACUAUACGUUGUGCAUAUUUUUUUUCUUUAAAAUGAACACAAAACACAACAUAUCUUCUUAACUACAUUUUCAAGGAUUCAAAAAAGAUGUUUUUCAAAAGAUACAACCUUGGGCACCAGCUAACACACCUUUGACAACUGACAGUAUCAUAAGAGCCACAUCUGACAAGGCGAUUAGCCAAUCACAGCUUUGAGUUUUGGGGCGUCAUCUAGGCAUCUCAAAGGGGGCCAGUGCCACUACCUUAGAUGCACCCCUGGAUUUACCAACAGUCUGUAUGUCAUGGCUGAGUUUUGUAGUGUACAAUAAUCUGUUUAAUUUCACUACUAUUUUAUGAAUUCAGAUCCAUGACUUCUGUCUUCUCUGUGCUUUCAUAUAAAAUAUAAAGACUUAAGAUCAAGAUGA